AUGCCUGACGAUGAAGCUACUUGUGAAGAUGAUUCUCCCUCCGUUGGUGGUACGAAUACUUAUGUUGGGUCGUCAUCGAUUGUUGGGGAGGCAGAGGGUUCCGGUUCUGGAGUUCAGAAGACUGAGAAAGACCCAAGAAAAAUGGCUAGAAAGUAUCAGUUGGAAUUAUGCAAGAAAGCUCUGGAGGAGAAUAUCAUUGUGUAUUUGGGGACAGGUUUUGGCAAGACUCACAUUGCUGUUCUGCUUAUAUACGAAAUGGGUCACUUGAUAAGGCAACCUCAGAAGAGCGUGUGUGUCUUUCUUGCACCCACUGUCGCCCUCGUUCAUCAGCAAGCCAACGUCAUAGAGGACUCUACUGAUUUCAAGGUUGGGAUCUACUGUGGAAACUCCAACCGAUUGAAGAGCCACUCUAGUUGGGAAAAAGAGAUUGAACAAAACGAGGUUUUCUACAAAAAUAAUGAUGGAAAACUUCCCCGUAUAUUUGGCAUGACUGCAUCUCCAGUUGUGGGGAAAGGUACUGGAUUCCUGGAUUUUGUAUCAAGAUGUCUGGUGUAUUCAGUUGAAGACAAGGAAGAGUUGGAGCGCUUUGUAGCAUCUCCUGUAAUUAGAGUAUAUCUGUAUGGUCCUGUUGCAAAUGGCACUUCUAGCUCCUAUGAGGCUUACUAUAAUACACUUGACGAGGUCAAGCGCCAGUGCAUAGUGGAAAUUGGCAAGAAGACAGUUGGAAACCUUAGUCUUCAAAGUCUUCGAAGCACUAAAAAAGUGCUCAUUAGGAUGCAUGAAAAUAUCAUAUUUUGUUUGGAGCAUCUUGGCCUCUGGGGAGCAUUUCAGGCUUGUCGUACUCUUUUGAGUGGUGAUCACUCUGAGUGGAAUGCAUUGAUAGAAGCAGAAGGGAAUGUUGGUGACGACUCCGUGUGUGAUAGAUACCUAACUCAAGCUGCUAGCGUCUUUGCUGCUGAUUGCACAAGAGGUUACAGUGGAUGGCCAAUCAUUAAUGGUCCUAACAUAGAAUUGACAGUCGAGACUGUGAAGAUUGUUACUGCACGAUCGCUAUCACACAUCCUACAAAAUCUGAAGUUUUUAACAUCUUGGAAGUGUGAUUUUCUUGUUGGGGUUCACUCCGGACUGAAGAGUAUGUCACGAAAGACUAUGAAUGUCAUUCUUGAGAAGUUCCGGACUGGAAAGUUGAACUUACUGCUUGCAACUAAAGUUGGUGAAGAAGGACUUGAUAUUCAGACGUGCUGUCUUGUGAUACGAUUUGAUCUUCCAGAAACUGUUGCAAGCUUUAUACAAUCAAGGGGUCGUGCGCGAAUGCCUCAAUCUGAAUAUGCAUUUUUGGUGGACAGGAGAAACCAGAGGGAGCAAGAUUUGAUAGAGAAAUUUAAAAUAGAUGAAGAUCGGAUGAACAUUGAAAUUCGUGUCCGAACAUCAAGUGAGGCAUUUGUUUGUGAUGAGGAAAAGAUAUAUAAAGUUGAUGCAACUGGUGCUUCCAUAGCUUCUGGAUCAAGCAUCUCAUUACUGCAUCAGUAUUGUUCAAAACUCCCUCAUGAUGAGUAUUUCGAACCCAAACCAAAUUUCUUUUAUUUUGAUGAUUGUGAAGGAACUGUUUGCCACAUAAUCUUACCCUCUAAUGCUCCCAUACACCAAAUAACCAGUACACCUCAAUCAUCAAUGGAAGUUGCUAAAAAAGACGCUUGUCUGAAAGCCAUUGAACAGUUGCAUAAACUGGGUGCUUUGAGUGAUUUUCUUUUGCCACAACAAGAAGACACUGAUGAGAUGGAGUUGGCGUCUUCUGAUUCAGAUAACAGUGAAGAUAAGGGUUCACGAGGAGAACUACAUGAGAUGCUAGUUCCUGCUGUUCUGAAGGAAUCAUGGACUGAAAUGGAAAGGCCUAUCUACCUUAACUCUUACUAUAUUGAAUUUUGUCCUGUUCCUGAAGACAGGAUCUAUAAGAAGUUUGGCCUUUUUCUGAAGGAACCACUCCCACUAGAAGCUGAGAGAAUGAAUCUUGAUCUCCACCUGGCACGUGGUAGAUCUGUAAAGACAAAGCUUGUACCAUCCGGACUUUCAGAAUUUAGUACAGAUGAGGUAAACCACAAUUUUGCUACUGAACAUAAUGCUUAA